UAUGAUAAACUGAAUAGAGACGUUUCAGCAUGUGCUUUGUGCACGAUGCACUUGGGGAGGCUCAGUUCCAUGACCCACAUGGCGCAUAAAAUGGCCGAGAAUCGCUUUUAAGUCACUCAUUUCGAAAACCUACAUCAACAUGAGAGCUUGGCUAGUUUUACUUCUUUUGGGACUCGUGGCCCUCGCAGCAACCUCUCCACAAAGGUCGAAUCGGGACCGUGAUCGCCGUGACGAUGAUUUCGAAGGAGAAGAACGCGAAGAUGACGAUGAAGAAAAUGACGAUGGUUCUCGAAGUGAUCGACGAAACCGAGACGAUGAUGACAAUCGCCGACAAGGCCGUCCCGGUGCCGGUCCAAGGAAAGGAAGAGAGCGUAGAGGACGGGAAGAGGGUGAAAGUGAAGAUGACGGAGAGUGCCGCGAGGCUAAACUCCACUUUAAACCCGGCAAUUGCCGUAAGGCUGUCCUGAUUGUGGAUGAGACCACUGAGUGCGCUGACGCCACUGGUCCCGUUGAAUUUCUGUCGCCGCAAGAAAUCUGCGAGGAUAACCCCGGACAAAAUGUGUACGUGUGCAAAAUCAAAGGUCGCCGUGAGGUGAUGGACUUGGUUGAAUCGUUCCUUGAGGAUAAAUUGGGGGAUGAAGCUGGCCGAAGGGAGAUCCGUGACGAGCUGUGCAACGAGAGUGCUGAUUUCUCAGACCUGGAUUUGUCAUCAUUGCAGAUCGAGGAAGGAACUUCCAAGAGAUGUAUGAUAUGUCCUUAAAUUGUCAUAUUGGUGCUAAUAUACCAAAAUUCAGAAA